CUUCCUCUUCUCUCUCUCACUCUUCUCUCUGGUGCUGUGGGUAGGCCGGCGCCGCCGGCCGACGGGUGGGGAGGAGACCGACGGGGCGAGACGGGAGAGGAGGUCCGGCGGCCGGCGGCGGCGGCGACGGCGACGGCGACGACACGAGAGCAGGGGAGCAAGGCGGCGGCGGCGGCGACGACGCGGCGCCGAUGUGCACUUGGUCUCGGUGAAGAUUGGGAAGCCGUCGUCCCCGUAGGAUUCGUGCCUCCCGACGAUGCGCCUGGCUUGCCGCCGCCGCGGAGAUCGUUGGCACCAUGAAGUUCUUCGCGGCGCCCGCAGGGCGAGCGGGCUUGGGCGCCGUCGUCCUCGUCGCCGCGUCACGCUGCCCGCUGUUCUCCUUCUUCGCGCUACUUGUUCUUCUCCUAUUCCAGCCGCACCACCAGCUUGCCGCGUCCCACGUCGCCGUGAACCAGCAGGUGAGCCUUGUGCCGGAUGCGGCGGCGGCGAAGGCGGCCGGGGUCGGGAACGGCGCGGUGGUGGACGUGAGCGACGAGGAGUAGGAGGGCAGCGUGUCGAGGUGGAUGCUGAUAGUGGUGACGACGAUGCGGUCGGGCGGCCGGGAGCGGCGGCGGCGCAACGCCGCGCUCGCCCACGUCGACAAGCACUACUUCUCCGGCGUCGUCCACUUCGCCGACGCCGCCGGUGUCUACGACGCCCAUUUCUUCGACAAGAUCCGCCAGACCGAGUGCUACAGUUAUGCAUCAACCUGAACCCUUGAUUUGCUAUCAUGUGGUGCUAGUUCAGUUACAGACUGCAACUACACCGGAUCCUGAUCGGCCAUGGAGUGUAACAACCUCCCCCACAAACACUGUAGAAGCAUCAUCCAACAUUGCAGGGGCGGAUCUACCCAUUAGGCAGAGUAGAUCGACCGACCCAGCUACAACCCGUAUCGCUCUACACCCCAAGACCCCCUACCCCUUUAUAGCAGUCAUGGGCUAUCAAAAUUAGGUAUAACAAGGUGUGAACGUCCAACAAAUUAGUUUGUUUCUUCAAAACAUACACACGCCACAAACAAUGAUCGAGAUAAUUAUGCGAUUGACUAUAAAUACGAUAUGUGUUUUGUUCGAUUGCUCUUAGAGCAAGAUUAAUAGUGCAGCUAGCAGCAAGCUCUAAAAUUUUGUCAUGUCAAGUAGAGCUAACUUAUACAACAAGCUAACUACAAGUUAGUUAUGAGCUGCCUUGGUUAAAGCAUACAUACAUUAAAUACUUGUAUGGAUACAUCAGCUGUUGGGACCCACAUAACAUAUUUUUUAUUGUCUCUCCUGGCUGCAUGCGAGCUAUAUGGUGUGGGGCGCUAUGCAAGCGCCGGCGCUAAAACAAGCGCCUUGUUUCAUUCUUGGUGAAUUUCUUUCCCUAAUCUCAGAUUAGGCUGAUUAUCAGGUUUUGAAGCCAACUUAAUAGAGCUAUUAUACCUGCUCUUAUGGAGUGAACAUCUCUAUUCUCCGUCCCAUCUAUAUUUUAAAGCUGCAUUUGUCACUGCUCAUAUGUCAAUGACAAGUGGAUCCUUAUGUAUUUAUGACAUGUGGGUCUGAUGGUAAAUUGUUAAAUACCACGCGUAUAAGAGUAAAGAUAGUUAAAUAUCUAUUUAAUAAUCGGAUCAAGCUGCAAAUUAGCAAUGUUGGUGUUCCUUGAUCACAUCCCGGAGAACAGGGGCCCGGAAAUCCAGAAAAACAAAAUAAAAAAAAAAUCAAGCGCGGAACGGACGCGGAUGAUCCGGCCCAGCCCAUCGUCGUCAACCUCCGCCUCCUCACCUCUCCGCUUCAAAUUAAAAACGCAACGCACCAACCCAUCCAUCUCCUCCUCUGCCUCCGCCAUUUCCAACACCACCCACCACACCACAGCACAUUGCAAUGCCUCCCGGCGGCGAGCCCGAUCCGGCGGCCGACGAGCUGCAGAGCCUCAGCUUCGCCUCCUCCGACCGCUCCCGCUCCCGCUCCGCCUCCACCGUCUCCACCGCCACCACCACCUCCACCACCACCACCACCACCACGCCGCCCCGCCUCGGCGCCGUCGCGCUCUCCGACAUCCGCUUCCUCAAGCGGCUCGGCGCGGGGGACAUCGGCAGCGUCUACCUCGCCGAGGUCAGGGGCGCGGCGACGGCGCUGGUCGCCGCCAAGGUGAUGGACAGGAAGGAGCUGGAGGGGAGGAACAAGGAGGGCCGCGCCCGCACGGAGCGGGAGAUCCUCGAGGCCGUCGACCACCCCUUCCUCCCCCGCCUCUUCGGCGUCGCCGAGGGGGAUCGCUGGUCCUGCCUCCUCACCGAGUUCUGCCCCGGCGGCGACCUCCACGUCCUCCGCCAGCGCCAGCCUCACCGCCGCUUCUCCGAGUCCGCCGUCAGGUUUUAUGCGGCGGAGGUGGUGGCGGCGCUGGAGUACGUCCACAUGGUGGACAUCGUGUACCGUGACCUGAAGCCGGAGAACGUGCUCGUCCGCGCCGACGGCCACAUCAUGCUCACCGACUUCGACCUCUCGCUCAAGUGCGACCCGACGGCGCCGACGCCGGCGCACGUCAUCUCGGACCCCAUCGCCCUCGCCGGCGGCCAGUCUUCCUCCUCCUCCUCCUCGUCGUGCAUCAUCCCGUCCUGCAUCGUCCCCGCCGUGUCGUGCUUCCAGCUCUUCCCAGGACGCGGGCGCCACCGCCGCCGCCGCUGGCGCGGCCGCAAGAAGCCGUCGAGCGGCGGCGGCGGCAAUGGCGGCAGCAGCUUCCCCUCCGGUGGGCUGGAGCUGGAGUUCGUGGCGGAGCCGGUGGAGCUCCGGUCGAUGUCGUUCGUCGGGACGCACGAGUACCUCGCGCCGGAGAUCGUCUCCGGCGAGGGGCACGGCAGCUCCGUCGACUGGUGGACGCUGGGGGUGUUCGUCUUCGAGCUGCUCUACGGCGUGACGCCGUUCAAGGGCCACGACAACGAGAUGACCCUGGCGAACAUCGUGGCGCGCGCGCUCGAGUUCCCCAGGGAGCCGCCCGUCUCCGCCGCCGCCAAGGACCUCGUCACGUCGCUCCUCGCCAAGGACCCGGCGCGCCGCCUCGGCGCCACCGUCGGCGCCGCGGUGAUCAAGCGGCACCCCUUCUUCAGCGGCGUCAACUGGGCGCUCCUCCGCUGCGCCACGCCUCCGUACGUUCCCCCGCCGUUCAGCGUCGCCACCGCCACCGCCGCGAACGCCGCCGCCGCGAACGCUGACAUGUCAUACGACGACGACAGCUGCCCCGGCACACCCGUGGAGUACUACUAGACAAGACAAGACAGGCUAUCCCAAUGGAGGAAGCUGCCAUGGAUGAACGUGCAAAGCUAGGGAGGAAGCCGCCAUUGCCGGCGCACGUGGUGGGGGACGCGGGACGGCGGCGAACCGAACUGGCAUGGCGCGCACGCGGGCGCCGCGCUGUCGCGCCAAAUAGUUGCCGGGUGCGUGUCCCCCCGGACGGGAGUAAAUUAUUGCUGCGCGUAUCUGACUUUGUCUGAACGUGGUCACUUGCCUGGUUGGUGACUGUCUCACCAAAAAAGAACUUAUUAACGAGUAUCUCCAUAGUGCUAUACUAGUAUAUACAAAUAUUUUAGGCCCAUUUGGACUUUUCGAGCAUGUAACCCCGCAAAAUUCCUAUGAACUUUGAAACAUGUUGCUCAGUGGUGAGUUGUAUUUAUGAAUUCUUUUUACUAGUAAGAUUUGUUCUUCCGGUC